CUGUUGCCUAUGUCGUUUCACCACGGUCAGCAAUUGACGGAAUAGCGCUGACUUUGAGCGUCACGGGCGCACGAGAGUGCCUCACUCUCCGUCUGGGGCGGCUCUCCUUAACAUAUAUCUGCUUUCUCCGGUUUUCUCAGCUCAAGCAAUCCUCCUCUCGCACACAUCUCGCCUCCCCGCACAGCCAGACAUGGUAUACCUAGCUGACAAGAAGUAUGCAUGCGAGACCUGUAUAAAAGGCCAUCGCUCAUCGCAAUGCAAGCAUACCGACCGCCCUCUUUUCGAGAUCAAAAGGAAGGGCCGUCCGGUCACACAAUGCGAUCACUGCAGAGAGUUGCGUAAAACAAAACAAGUGCACGUCAAGUGUAUGUGUGCAAUACGCGACGACCUCAGUGAUGGCUAUCCAAGACGAGGCGGUACGAAGGUUCCAGCCAGCGCCGCGUUCCCCAGUGGUUUGCCUGAAGCGCUGGAAGCGUCGGUCGCGCUGCGUCUCGCCAGUGAUAUCUCGGACUCCGAGAAUGGCAACGCCUCGUCGUCGCAAUGUUCUUGUGAAAAGACCGGGUCUUGCAAUUGCUGCACUGUACGCGCUCCCCGUCCGAAGCGCAAGGUUAAACGUGAGAUCGUCGCACCUACAAGUACUCCUGAUUGCGAACCACCAAUCACGCAACCCGCUGGUCUCGUCGUUCACGCACACACGGGAGACUACCGUCCUGUCCUCCCACGCCCCCCAAAUUCAGAACGACAAUCGUCGCCCCUUGGCUCCGGGCCCGUACAUGAGCCUUCCGUUGUGCCUACCACUCGCCACCAGGUCCAUCACGGACAAGCCUUCUACAGUCCCUACGAGCGGGCAUACGAGUAUGCACAUCCCUCGGAGCCAGCUGCGCAGCCUGAGGAAUCCUCGGCGUAUCUACAGCCCUUAUCAUCCGUGCACGUUCCUCCUGCUUCGCAUCCUGCCAUGGCCUCAUCGGGCAUGCCUUCUUGGCUUCUCUCGCCUAGUUUGGCAGCUCAAGAGGCAUUGAUGGCGGCCAACUUAUGUGGUUGCGGACAAUCGUGUGCCUGCGCAGGCUGUGUCCUACACCGUGGACCUGAUGUCGAUCCCACCGCGUCCUGCUCAAAUCCACAUACAUGUAUGAGUUGCCUCGAUUGCGCCAUAUUCUCCCUUCCCGAGACUAUGCCUGAAUCUUCUGGAGAUGCUUUCGACCCAGCACAGGUUCAGCAUGUCGAGGAGUGGCUCCGGCAAGCCUCGGGCCUUCCCCCGCCGUCGCAGCCGCUCUCCCCAUUCCCUACCAUCCUCAACGAAGAUCCUACAACGCUUUCCCAGCGUAGCUCCUCACAGGAUGCUCCUACCCCACCCGAUGCACGCUUCGACCCCUCCAUGCUGCAGACGUACGCGCUAUGGAACGAAUUUCACGACGGGAGUGUCCCUGCGGCCGUGCCGGCCCCUCAAGAGUGUUGUGGUGGACGUUGUGGGUGCCCGCCAGGCCUGUGUACGUGCGCGGCAGACUGCUGUGGGUGCUGCCAGGGUUGUCAGUGCACGGACUGUGGACACGAGGAUCCGAACCGCACGCUGACGUUCGCAACGUCCGGCGAGCGCGCGCCAUGUUGCGGCGGUGCACACCAGCAGGCGGAGCCACCCACAAAUUUAGGCGACGGGCAUGUGGGCGCCCCGGCCAUGGGCGGAGAUGCUUCUGUUUGGACUGAGACGGCGGACGCAUGGAGCAUGCAGACACUGAUGGUGCCUCGGACGAGCCGCGCAUCGUCGUUCUCUUCACAGUCAUCUGGCGGGUACUCGUCGUCGUCGUCCCUCGGCUCGGCGCUACAGAUGACUGAUGUGCGGACAUCACACUCGUGCUGCUCUUCCAGGUAGGGCGAAGUCAUGAAGUUGUAAACGUUACUGUGUACGAGUAUCUUCUAUUAUCUAAUCCUUAUUUUCGGGGCAGCGUCGACAGACGAUCCGCGCAUGACGCGCUGCCCUGAGUAGUCUACAGUGCUGUUCCUUAUUUCUUAGAGACUCCUGCUGUUGUCGCAUUGGUCUAUUAGUGUCGAUGUCAUUUUCCCUCACGAUCGUUAUGCGUGCUCUCCUACGAGAGCGUGUUUUCUUGAUUUAUUAGCACACCCUGCUACGUGUUCUGGUUCUGUAGACUUUUAUACCAGUGUU